GAAUGUAUGUGCUCCACAGGACAAAAAAAAAAAAAAGAAAAAAAAAAACUCGACAGGAGAGGAGAAGGUGUCCGUGUGGAUGCCUGUUUAAAAUCCGUGAGUGGCUGGGCGUGUCUGUGUUGUGUAAGUAAAUAAAACCAGUGUGUGUCCUGGUGUUGAACAGAUUCGUGGAUCCUGCCUGUCUGAAAUGUAACGGAUGAAUUAUGAAGUGAUCUGCAGUGAUUGGUUUUGUUCAGGCCUGGUUCGUAUCAAACGCAUUGACAAAAUGAACCAAGUGGAUUAUUUUCAUCGGAACAGUGGAAAUCAUAUUCUUUCAGAAGAUCAACCGGAGAUGGAACAGCUCGAUGGCCAUGAGCAGCAGGAUGUUGCUACAAACCAAACAACAGAUGUCAAGCAGCUUGUGUUGAUUAAAGAAGAAGUUUCCCUUGAUUGGAGCUCAGAUCUGGACCAGGAGAACCCAGAACUCCUCCAGGUGAAGGAGGAAGAGGAUGAAGAUUCGAACAGUGUGGAGGAAGAUGAUGAAAGAUGGCAGAAGAUUAGGAACAUCAGUUUCCCUUUGAAUGUUAUUGUGAAGACUGAAGAUAGCGAAGAAGAGGACUGCCAGUAUUUACAACCUUCUCAAAGCCUGAAUGAUGGCAGCAGUGAGGCCGAACCUCCCACCAGCAGCUCAAUUCAACCAGUCAAAACAGAAAGUGACGAAGAGGACUGUGAACCAGCUGGAAACCCAAUACGUUACUUCUGGCCAAAUACUGAUGAAAAGGCUUCAGCUUCUUCUGAAACUGAAGUCAGUGAUGAUGAGGAGGCUUUUCAGGAAGCUCUGUCAGAUUUUAGAAUCAAUACCAGCAACGUGGGAUGUGACACCACCAAAGCAACCUACAGCUGCUUUGAGUGUGAUAAAAAAUAUUUCUACAAGCAGUCUCUUCACAGACACAUGAAAUGUCACGCCUCCAGUCAGGUUAACACCGAAAACCCUAAAGGGCAGGAAGAUGUAGAAUCAAACGAAAAAGGCAAGACAAAAACAUUCAUUUGUGACAUCUGUGGACAAAAGUUUAACCAGAAGACAAAUCUGAACACACACAAGAGAAUCCACACAGGGGAAAGGCCUUUCAGCUGUGACGAAUGUGGCAAAAAAUUUACUCAGCGGGGAAAUUUACAAAAUCAUAGGCGAGUUCACACCGGAGAGAAGCCAUUUAUAUGUGACUUCUGUGGUGAAAGAUUUAGGAACCAAGGAAUUCUGCAGGCACACAUGAGAGUCCACACGGGCGAAAAGCCGUUUAUCUGUGAUGUCUGUGGUAGGAAAUUCAGCCGGAAGACACAUUUCAACACUCACAUGAGGGUCCACACAGGAGAGAGGCCAUUUAGUUGUGGUGUUUGUGGCAAAGAAUUCAGCCACAAGACACAUUUCAUGGAGCACAUAAGAGUUCACACGGGAGAAAAACCUUUUUCAUGUGGCGCUUGUGGGAAAAGAUUCCGACUUCAGUGUAAUCUCAAACGACACAUGAGAGUCCACACGGGUGAGAAACCCUUUCGGUGUGACAAAUGUGGGAAGACGUUUAGUUGCAAAUCCCACCUUAAAAGACACACGACAGCUCACACAGGCGAGAAGCACUUUGCUUGUGAUAUUUGUGGUGAACGAUUCACAGGUUCGGGUGGCCUGAAGAGCCACGUGAGAGUCCACACUGGAGAAAAGCCGUUUGGUUGUGAUGUUUGUGGAAAAACAUUCAGACAAACCUCAACUCUGAAAAGACAUAUGGUUGUCCACACCGGAGAGAAACCAUUUAGCUGUCCUCUCUGUGAUGCGAGAUUUACACAACAAGGAAACCUGAAGAGCCACAUGAAACUCCAUGCACAGUAGGUGCAGGUUUUCGGCACCUGGAUUUUGGUGCCACUUUUCAGUGAAGGUCCCUUUAUUAACUUUACUGUUAUUUUUAACCAUCAAGCGUCCUUAAAGUGACGGUGCGUAUUUUCCCCGGUGAUAGGGGGCAGUACAUAUCUAGUAACACACAAACAAGAUUCCUCACAGGCUCCCACAGAAAGAAACAUUGCGUCUAAGUCGGCAUCACCCAGUGUGUUAGACCCACUCGUACUUUAGACCUGAUUUUUGUGGUUAUAUGUUACAAAGCCGCCAAUAUUUUGCAACACCUGGGCAUCAUUUAAGUAAUUCUCAACAUUUUGAUGGAUAUUUCCAGAGAUUAUUGGUGAAACUACACAAUGUCACUUUAAGGUUAGAACAAAGGGCUGGGGGGUUCUUUGAUUAAUAAUGCAGUAAUGUUAUUACCAAAAUGUGUGUAUAUAUGUGUAAAUCUGCCUACCAUUUAGGUUAGCCUGCAUCUUGCAGAACAGUUUCGUGCUUUUCUGAUGAGCUUAACAGAUCUAAAAAUGCAAAAUGCGUUGACUGAAUUCAGAGGUUUCUUUCUAAGGCUCUGUAUGUAUGGUUGUUUUAGCAUGUAAACCACUUAGUACUGGAUUUGUAAUUAACAUUUUUUGAUCAGUUGAUGUGUUGAUAUUAGUCUUUUUGGUGCUUCUGUAAAUACAGACUGUUUUAUUUCAUCUGUUAUGAAAGUGGCCUGAUUGGCUUGUUAGGAAAAAUGUUAUAAACAUGGUUGCUUGUUUUAAAAUAUCUGUUUGCUUUUGUUUAAAAGAACUGUGUGAUUAAACCCCUCAAGAAAAAACAAAUA